AUGGCUCGACCGCAGAAUUCGUCGAUUCUAGCACAGCUGCGGAAUGCAAAGUCACUGCCCGAGCAGGCGGCAGCCCUGCAGGCUCUCAAGAAUGAAAUAGUUGGUCAUGUGCAGAAGAAGGAGGCAUGGAUUGGCCUCGGCGUUCUUGAACCCAUAGUCAGAACUCUGUAUUCCAGCCGUUCACCUGCGAAAUUGAACGGAAAAGAUGCUACUGUCCAGCCUCUGUCGCGGCCUCUAUCCGACGACGACUCGGUCAAGCUCCAGGCCCUGCAGCUCGUCGCAAGCUUUGCUAACGGUGGACCCGCGUUUCUUCACCCUUUACACGCAGCUCGUGUCGUACCGGCCAUUUUGGGAAACAUUUCGCCCUACACGAGUCCCCCACAGGUGGUCGUUUCUUCUCUGAGAGCGCUCCUCGACAUCACUUCUGCCGCCCGUCUGGCCGUUUCGCCGUCACCUCUCGAUGUACAAACUCUUGCCGAUGAUGUCUUCACUUCCCACCAUAUCGAGUCGCUCAAUGCGAUGCUCUCGAUGACGUCCUCGAAAUAUAUCCUCCAAUCCCAGGUUGUCCUCGCAUCGACCCUCAUAAGUCGCCUGUGUCGAGAAGACAGGCACCAACAUGCCCUUACCAUGGGCGGUAUUUUGGACUCCUUGGCUGCUCAACUAGCAAGGUUUGCAGUUGCAGAUGGCCUUGUCAUACCAGGUGCAGAAGAGCUUGCGCUCAGUGAUGGGCUUCACGAGGUGUUUCCCGAACCGGCCAACCCUGGUGCCCAAAUUGGACCUAUUCUCGAGGCCAUCAGUUGCAUUAUUGGUGACUCCAAAUACCGGGCGAACAGACUGAUCUGCUCGCCUUCCUUGCUAGCAAUUUUCCCAAGCGUCAAGUUUGAACCAUACGGGGAUCCACGGGAUUCACCGCAGGCGCUGCCACCGAGGCACAACGGAGUAACUGCUAUGGAGUUUAUUCUCCCUUCUCUUCCCAUCACGACAUCGAGAACGCCGUCAGCCGUUGCAUCGUCUUUUCCCACUCCAGAUCGAUCCGACUCUAGGACAUCUAGCAGGACAUCGCUGAGCAAGUUUGGUUCGUCUGCUGUGUGGGACUCGCCUCGAUUCCAAGCAUUGGGAAAUACCGUCGACGUCUCUAACGAAGAUAUUGAAAGCCCAUUCAUCCCAUGGCUCAUCCAUCUAGUGCGAUCAUUGAAUGAUUACGAUCGAUUGAUGGCAGCCGCGGUUCUUGCCGCGCUUUUCAAGGCCGGGCUUGGUAGAAAGGGCGUUCGAGAGACCAGCAUUGGUUUACUUGUGGUCCCCAUUCUUGUAGGCAUGAUCGCAAAGAAUGACAAGGACGGAGUCGAACUUCUAGAUUCCUUUGAUACAAGCCAACUUCAAAUCUUGGAGAAGGCUCCGGCGAUUCUUGCCAGAACCAUUACAGACAGUGAAUACCUACAAAAAGCCGCGUUUGACUGCGAUGCUGUCAAAGUCCUCACAAGGCUGCUCAGACGGGCAUACCAGCCUGUAGAGGACAUGAGCCAGCCCAAGUACUGGUCGCCGAAUCCGGAUACAGGAAUGGAUGUUGAGAGCACAUCGUCUCUUGCACAGCUCGGGGAGAAUGGCCAGAAUCCCUUGCUCGCUCAUCGAAUUCGCCUCCGUGAAUCUGCGCUGAAGGCUAUAGGUGCAUUGUCUGCAGGCAAAGAGGAUUACAGAAAAGCUCUUAUCGCAGAAGACUUUGUCCCAUUUGUGGUCGAGUCUCUUAGCGAAUUUCCUAGAACGCCGAAGCAGGCAAAAGACAAACCGCUCAACGAGACUGCACGGUCUGGCCCAGUGUCGAGUUACGGCACAAACCCGCAGUCCGUCAUCAUUGCUGGCUGCCACGUAGUGAGGACAUUAGCUCGGUCAGUUAGCAUCUUACGGACAGCCCUGGUGGAUCAUGCAGUUACCAUGCCUAUAUUCCGCUUCAUGCGUCAUCCAGACAUCACCAUUCAGAUUGCUGCCACGGCCACUGUUAUUAACCUUGUUGUGGAGGUCAGCCCGGUCAGAGAGCUUCUUACCGAAAGCGGAGUAAUGAAAGUACUAUGCGAGCAUGCUCACUCUGAUAAUCACUCUCUCCGGUUAAAUGCUCUAUGGGCAUUAAAACAUUUCGUGGAUGCCGUGGGACCAGAUCUGAAGAAAGCAUGCCUAGAGCAGCUUCAGCCAGGGUGGUUGAUGCAGUUGAUUUGCGACGACGACCAAGAAGCUUCUUUCUUUGCUCCGAAAGCCAAAGAAUCGUCAGCCGACGAUUUGGACGAGGACAUGGACAUGCAACAGUCUGACGAACCUCUGCGAUGGUUCUUCGGAACUAAUGGGACUAUACGAGAGUUGGAUGCUUCUCGAUCGUCAAGGCUACGACAGGUGGAGGACCGGCUGGCUUCUGUGCGUGAGGCAGAACUCAAUCCAACUAGAAAAGCACGAAACGACAGACUGGCGAUUCAAGAACAAGGCUUAGAUUUUAUAAGAAACUUCAUCGGAAGACCGGAAUCUGGCGUAUCAUCAGAGGCUCCCAGUGAAACGACCGAGAUGAUUGAUCACUUGUUUAGCGAACUCGGGCAAGAUCGACUCUUCGAGAUUCUGGCCUCAAAACUACGGUCAAAGGUUCUACAUCCGUUCUCAAGAAGAACUCCGGUCAGUGGUAGGGAGACUCGGGUCCUCCAUCCGCAAGCCAGGAUUAUUGUGGCCGUCAUAUGCAUCCUCGUCCACAUGGCCGCUAGUAUCCCCCGACAUCAGCAGCUCGUCAUUGCGCAAACAGAGCUUUUGAAGCUCCUCGCCCAGCAAGUUAACAGCAAGGACCGAGGCGUGCGGGCAUCGCUGUGUUACCUUGUUAUCAACCUGACCUGGCAGGAAGACGACGCCGAGGCACAGGCCUGCUCACAGCGGGCACAGGAGCUGAAAAAGCUCGGUUUCUAUUCCAAAAUGGAGACGUUGAGGCAACAAGAUCGGGACUUGGAUGUGCGUGAGAGGGCGAAGACGGCUACGUGGCAAAUAGAGCAAGCGACCUAUUAA